CCUAUACUCCUAAUAUCACCCUCUAUAAAAGCAAAACAUUAACCAAUCACAUUAUUGAUUUUUCAUUUCUUGUAUUCAACCUAAAACCCACCAUUUUUAGAGAGAGAAAGUGAUGAUGAUGAAGGAAGUAAUCAGUAAGACCACAAAAACAAACAACACAAUGUCAAUGGUGGAUGGAAGUGUUCAACAAGGAUGGAAAACACCAAUACCAUAUCUCUUUGGUGGACUUGCACUUAUGCUGUGUCUUAUUGCUAUUGCUUUGCUUAUUCUUGCUUGUUCUUUUAGAAAAUCUCAUCCCAACAACAACAACAAUGGAAACCCAAAACCCAAAACUCAAUUUACCAACAAACAAAGUCAAAGCGACGUCAAAAUUGUCGUAAUUAUGGCCGGAGAUGAAAACCCUACUUACUUAGCUAAGCCUCUUCCUUGUCCUAUGGUUAUUCCUUACAAUAGUAACAAUAAUUUUGUUGAGAGAGUCUAAUUUCUUUUUUUUUUUUUUUUUUUGAGGAUUUUUUAAAAUUAUAUUAUUACUAUUAUUUUGGGGAGGGGAUGAUUGAUGAAGUUUUUUGUGUUGUUAUAUUAUUAAUUAAUCACUUAGGUUCUCGGGAGUAUGUUGUAAAUUGAUGAGUAAUAAUGUAGAAUGAAAAAAGGUAAUGUAUUUUAAUUAGUUAUUUUUUUUGAUUUAUUAUUAAUUAGUUAUAUAUUCACAUAUUCUUUGAUUUUACUAGAGUAAUG